AUGAAGUUUCCUUAUGUGUUCUCAUUAACGCUUUUAGUGAGAUUGUCAAGCUGUGAUGAUGCCGUUUUUGACCUCUCUUCUCCGGAUCCUUCCUUUGUCAGAGACUAUGAAAGUACCGUGGAUGGAGUAGUUUAUCAAUCAUUCUUUUCCAACGGAUUAUUCUUCAACAAGGUAGUAGAUGGUGGAGUUACUCUCUGGGAGGCUGAAGGAGAAGAGAAAUGUUCUGUACUAUUCACAAGUGUUGGUGAUAGAACAAGAGUCAUUCUCCAUGUAUGGGUUAAGGGUAUACCAUCCAGGAUGAUGCAUUAUGAGAAACUAGACGGAGAAUGGAAGCUUUCAACUGUAAGAGUUAAAGGUCGCCCAGUGUCUGACAAGCAAGAAUCACCACAGGAAUCUCUAGCAGACCUUGACUUUGCUAGUCUCGGAUGUCCCUUGGGAGGAUCAUUAGACGCAGAAGCUAAGCCAAAGGUUACUCUCCCUCCUGCAGAAUCCGAGAAAGAUGGUGAGGAACUAUCAGACCUUGAGGAGCAUAUACUAGAAACCAAAGUAGAAGAGCAUAAAACUCCAGAAGAAGACAAAUCGGAGAAAGGCGAUAAAGUAGAAGCUUCUCAAGAUGUUAGUACUCCUGUUUCUCUUGACUUUUCUAAUCUAGAUGAAACCAAGAUAUAUGUGGACAAACAAAAUCUUGUUGGAGUAUUACUAAAAGGCUAUUUUGGAAAGGACGGUUAUCACAUAGACUCGGUUGUAGAUGGUGAUGAGGAACUAUGGAAAGCAACUGAAGGAGCUAGCCAGAAGUGUAAACUUGUAGAGUAUUAUGCCAAGAAUAAUGUAGAACUUCUUUACCUGGAGACUUCAGACAGUAGUGAUACUAAAUAUAAAUAUCUUGAGAAAGUAAGCGGAACAUGGAGUGAAAUGGGUAAAGAACCAUUUAUUGAGAAGCUUUAUGCUAUGAAGAGUGAUUACUCUGAACCAACAGAAUCAGAUAAUGUAGUCACUGGGAAUAUUAUUUCUGCGGAAUCUAAAGAGGUGACCGAAGAGAAGGCAAAAGACUCACCUGUGGAGGAUUUCAAGCUAGUCAUUGAGAAAGUAUCUGAAGAUAGUAAAUCCGAUUCCAAUAAGGUAAAGGUGAAUGAACCUGCACCAACUCCCACUAAAGAGCCUAAAAAGAAUCUCAAGGGUACAUCUCCAAAAGAUGCUACUGAGCAAGCUCCAGUUCAGGCAGAAGCAAAGAAUCAUCCUAUAGCUCAGCAGCCAGCUUAUACACUUGCUCAACCACCUCAAGUUAACGCUGAUAAACAAGGAGACACUCCAGCUGCCAAAGGGCAGGGACUUCCGCCUGCUAACCCUGUCCAAGAUACACCAGAACCAGCGGCUGUUCAACAAGGACAAGCUAUUAAACCAGGAGAUGCUCCUGAUAUUCAAUCUAAUACACAGACAGUUCAAUCUAAAGAGGGACAGCCACCAAUCAAACCCGUACCUGUUCCUGAUUACAAAUCCAAGGUAGAUGGAUCACUAUUCGAUGUUGAAGAAGCAGAGGAAGAGCAUGUUAAGAUUCUUACACUCACAGCAAAGGAGGGUGUAAAGGCCAAGAGUCUCACAUUCGGAUCUGAUACAAUAUGGCCAGGGAAGAGUGAUGUGACAUGUUCCUCGGCUGUAUUGUAUAUGGAUGGAGAGAAGCCCAUUCUUGCAGCACUUGUUACCAGGGAUAAGAAUAAUAAGCAGGGGACAGUCUAUAGAUACCAUGAUGGUGAGAAGUGGGUGGAUGUUAAUGUGGAUGACCAUAACAAGAAUCUGACUGGUCUAAAGAAGAAGUGCCAUCCUGUUACUCUAGACAUUUCAAAGAAGGAUAACUCGGUUGGUACAUAUAUAAACACAACUAUUGAUAAGACACAUGUACACAAUUUCGAUCUCAAAAGUGCUACAGUAAUCAAAGUAGUGGAUGGAGGAGUUACUCUCUGGGAGGCCCCUGAGGGUAGUGGCUAUAAGUGCCUUUACGCAGACAAUGUCAUUGUAACAGAUAAAGAAACAUUGAAGUUAACCAUUAAAAUGGAUAAGAGGGAAGUAAUGAAUUUCAAGAAAGAAGGUGGUCAAUGGAAGAAGGUAGAUCCAGAGACAAACUCCCAAAAAUCUAAUUCUAACGGCUGCUCUCUGUCAUGCUUUUCACUAUACUUCUAA